UCUAUAAACAUCCCAGUAAAUAUUAUAAUUAUUUAUAAAAAGCGAUUCAAAGGCAGUAAUACGUAAUCAGCAAUUAAAUCCCACGAUCGCGUUGCUUCUAUAUACAUAUCUCCUUAUAACUCUUCUAACGUGUGUUGCACUCAUGUCUCGACAAUCUCAGCAUGUAUCUACAGCUGUAUCUUAGGCUUGUACUACUUGUACGCAUUAUACCUUCGCACAUACGUUAUCGCGUUGCGACGUUAAUCGUAAUUGUGUUAUACUAAUUCACACACACACACACACUUCCUGUCACUUGAACAUUUUUCUAAUGUCGCCCAGCUGACGGUUAUCUUUAAUAAAUGUGUAACAAUGGAAAAAUUUGGAUCUGAUUACCAGAAGAAUAUUCUUUAAAUUACAUGUGGAUCGUUUUAUUAUACGAAACAGAAAACGAAAUUGUAACGAAAAAUUCAUCAUCUACUCGACAGGGAUAUGAAAUUUGUUUUCAAAUGUUUUCAAAACGUUCCAUACAGUUUAUACACCUGGCGUAAGUAUGUGAAUAAUAUUUUCGUCAAACUUUUGCGCGAAUAAGCGCAGCUAAACCCCAUAUGGAAGUGAAGAAUCGACAGAUGUUUCAGAACUAAUUUAGCGUGUGUAUACAAUGUAUAAACGAUACUUCCGCAGAAACACCUUAUGUUGACGUUCAUUAUUUCCAUUAUUACGAUUGCAGUAGUUACACAUUGUUCUCUCAUUUCCGGCCGAAAGCCAACAACGAAACCGGAGCAAAUUGAUCCAAAUGAAUCCAACGCGCACAAAGCGCAACCGGAAGUAUAUACACAAUAUAGUAACCGAUCAGCAAGCGCGGGAAAUUCAAAUCGGGAAACAAAAAACGGACCUAAAAUACACACACGCAUAAGGCAUCAGCUGAUAACGACAAUUAAUCAAGGUCGUCAUUCUCACUCACUCCUGCGACGCGUUACACAUAUACAUUAUCUACGCGUGAGCGACGCUCCUCCGUGUGUGUGCCGCCGUCGCUUUCCAAUGCCAAUAACGCCGACGAGAGAGAGAGAGAGAGAGAGAGACUGCGCCACAGAGAGCAUCGCGCACACUUUGCUCGUCAAGUCAACAACGUCUAGUCUAUAUAUAUACUAUCGUCAUGCUGCGAUUCUGCCCGUUGAGUCUGAAAAUCAUGGAGAAGGUGGUGGAGAUCAGGGAAGCCGAAAAGGAGGACUGCCCGCAGAUACGCGCGCUUAUUCAAGUAAGCAUCCAGGCCGACUAGUUUCGGCUAUUUUUGGAGACCGGCUUUGGGAGGUUAUUUUUGGGGAAUUGGCUGAUUUUGAAGAAAUGCCAGAUGGUCCAAAAAUAGAUUAUCAAGUCAUCGAAAAGGAUGGUUUUGAUAGUGAGAAUCCACUUUAUAACUGCCACGUAGCUGUGUGUAAUGGAAAACUAGUGGGAUAUGCCCUGUAUUUUUAUAUCUUUUCCACAUUGGAGCAAAAAGCCAUACAUCUGGAAGAUCUGUACGUAACCCCUGACUACAGAGAUAAAAAGAUAGGAAGUCGCCUGUUUGACAGUGUAGCCAAGAGAACAUUCGAUGAGAAAUGUCAAUAUUUGGACUUUUCGGUUCUCAGCUGGAACCCAGCACAGAAUUUCUACAAAGCCAAAGGUGCUGUUGACUUGACUGAAGUGGAAGGCUGGCACAUGUACCGUCUCAAUCAAGAGUCUUUACAAAAUUUAGCAUCAAAACAUGCAAAUGAUUUAUACGAAGUACGUGAUGCAAGAAUUGAAGAUUUCAACUCAAUUAAAAGAUUGGCUCAGGAAGGAACUACUCAGAAGAAGAAAAACGAGCAAAACCAUGACGAAAUCUGUAUAUCAAUUGAAGAAAACAAAGACUUUGAUAAACCAAAUCCUUACUCUGGAUAUUUAGUUGCAUUACUAAAUGACAAGAUAGUUGGUUAUGCACUUUAUUGCUACUCGUACUCAACAUGGGAAGCAAAAUCAAUGUAUCUCCAAGAAUUUUAUGUCUCUGAAAAUGAACAUGCAGUAAACAUGAGGAAUGAUUUAUUCCAUGCAGUAGCAAAGAAAGCAAUAGAAGAAAAGUGCUCCAGAAUCGACUUUUGGAUCCUGGAUCCCAAGAAUGCAGGAAAAUUCUACAGCUGCAAUGGGGCUGUUGAUCUGACUGAAAGCGAAGAGUGGCAUUUAUACAGACUGUUUGAACACACCAAAAAACCACUAUGAAGCACUACCCGAAAGUCUGCACGAUUAUUUACUAAUUAAGAAACUCUAGAUAUUGCAUAGUAAUAUAUUUUCAAAGAAAUACAUGAUGCAACUUUUUCACACAAGUA